GCUUUCAGCUUAGGCUGUCGCGGGUAUGCUGCAGGAAGAUGGCGGCCGAACUGGUGGAAGCGAUGAACAUGGUGAAGAGUUUCAGAGUGUCUGACCUGCAGACACUGCUGGCCUCCAUGGGACGCAGCAAAAGCGGCCUGAAACAGGACCUGGUUGGGAGGGCCCUCAGACUCGUGCAGACAGAGUACAGCCCUGAGUUGCUGAAGAAUGUUCGCCAGCUCUAUGAGUCCCGUUUCCCCAAGGCAGCAGGCUGGCUGGCUGCCCGCCGCCCUGAAGGGAUCCCAUUGGCCUACACCCGAAGCUCCUCCCCCACAACCAAUACGCUGGGCACAGACUACCUCAAUGGCAUCCCCAAGCCAUCCCCUUCCCCUGCGUCUGAAGUCAAACUAGUCUCCCUGCCCUUCUAUCAGACCCUGGAGACAUUGAUGCCCCCAACAGAGCUGAUUGCCCAGAACAGCGACAAGCUGCAGGACAGUCCAUGUGUGUUUGAGUUAACGCAGAGCCAAGUGGACCAGGUCAGAAACUCAAGUGAGCUUCGACCAGGGUUAAAGUCAGUCCAGGUGGUGCUUCGAAUCUGUUACACAGAUACCAUUGGCGUUCAGGAGGAUCAAUAUCCACCAAAUAUUGCCGUCAAAGUGAACCAGUCCUACUGUCAUGUACCGGGUUAUUACCCCUCUAAUAAGCCUGGUGUGGAACCUCGCCGGCCCUGUCGUCCAGUCAACAUCACGCCCUGGUUACACCUCUCCACUGCCACCAAUCGUGUCAACAUCACCUGGGGCAAUUUUGGAAAGCGCUACUGUGUGGCUGUGUACCUGGUGAGGGUCUUCACAGCAGCGGAGCUCUUCAGUCAGCUGAAGCACUGCUCCGUGGAGAGCGCAGAGCGCUGCCGGGAGCGCAUCCAGGACAAGCUGCGAUUUGACCCAGAGAGUGAGAUUGCCACCACAGGACUGCGAGUGUCGCUCAUCUGCCCACUGGUGAAGAUGCGCCUGGGCGUCCCAUGCCGGGUGCUGACCUGCGCCCAUCUGCAGUGUUUCGAUGCGGUCUUCUUCUUGCAGAUGAACGAGAAGAAGCCCACGUGGACCUGCCCCGUGUGUGACAAGCCCGCCCCCUUCGAGCUGCUCACCAUCGACGGGUUGCUGUCUGAGAUCCUGAAGGAGACGGAGGAUGUGGAGGAGAUUGAAUACCUGACCGACGGCUCCUGGAGACCGAUCCGAGACGAGAAGGAGAAAGAGAAGGAGCGGGAGCGCAGCAGCACACCUGAGUACCCAGUGCUGGACAUAUGCUCUUCAGAGGCGAACGGUCUCUCCCCAGCACACAGCAGUACCAGCCAGACUGGGAAGUCAGGUGCAGGCAGCGGUGUGUCGUUGGCUGGAGCUGCAGCCGGAGCCGGAGUUGGAGGUGGAGCCGGAGCUGGAGGUGGCGCAGUAGUAGAUCUGACUCUGGACUCUUCCUCUGAGGAGGAGGAUGGGGGCGGUACAGCAGGAGACAGCGAGGACACAGAUGACAGCCAGGACAGCCCCCCUCCCAAAAGAGGCAGAUAUGGCUAUGAUAAGGACCUGGUCACCGCAUACUGACUGGCUGGACCCGCAGACUGAGUGGAGGGGCUUGGGAUAGAGCUGUGGAGAGCAAUUCGGUGGUCCCUGCACCCCCCUCCCCAUGCACAUACAGAGACACAUGCAUACGCGUAAGGGUUCCUCAGUGUACAGUGCAACAUAGCUGCCCCCACGAUGCUGUCCUUCCCUCCCAGUCAUGUUAGUUUGUUUUCUCUCCAUCUCUCACUUCUCACUUUUUUCCACUGUGUUUAACAUCCACUCAUCCACUCAUGCACUCACUGCUGAGUUGCUGAUAUCGGACAGGAACGGUUUCUGAGGAAGAAGGGCUCAGUCCCUUCUGUUUUGGGGAUAGGAUGCAAAUAUAAACCCCCCUCCAUCUUUCAGCAUUUCCAGCUUUUUAAUUACUACAGUUAAAUGGUAUAAAAC